GCGCGGAAGUUCUUUCAUCCUGCGGGAGGAGAGGAAGAAGAGGUUGAUCUUCGUCUCAACUUUCCGCCUGAACACAACAAACUACCCGGGGAGGAAACUCCGGCGCCCCGGGAACAUUCGCUCUCCGCCGCCGAAAACAGCAGCUCCUCCGCGGGCUUAUAGAACUCACGGGCGAUGGCGCGGCCGAGCCACAGCGAUCACGUCCUCCAGCAGCUCAACAACCAGCGGGAGUGGGGCUUCCUGUGCGACUGCCUCAUCGCCAUAGGUGACAUCUACUUCAGGGCGCACAAGGCCGUCCUGGCUGCCUGCAGCUCUUACUUCAGGAUGAUGUUCAUCCGGGACCAGCAGGGGGCGGGCCGUCUGGACCUGAGCAACAUGCAGAUCAGCGCCGAGUGUUUCGACCUCAUCCUGCAGCUCAUGUACCUCGGACGGAUCGUCGUGGGAAGCUACGAGUUUGAGGAGCUGAAGGCGUCCAUGGCGUACUUGCAGAUGUACUACAUCCCUGAUUCGCUGGAGGACCUCAGGGACAUCAGGAGUUCCAACCUUACCCCAUCUUCUUCAGCUUCCUCAUCCUCUUCAUCCACAUCCUCUACCGGACUCACUGGUGGGAAAAUGAUGUUCGGAGUCCGGAUGUAUGAGCAGCAGAAGCCUGCAGCCCAGGAGGGCGAGCGCUCGGUGAAGGCAGCGAGCAGCAGCAGCGGGCGUCCAGCUGUACCUGCCGUGGUCAGCAAGCCAGCAGGGGCUGAGGAGGCGGUCACCGCUCCUCUGAUAGUGGCCCCGCCCACUGCAGACGGAGCAAUCGAACAGCCAUGUGACCUCAGGAAGCGGUCUGGUGGCAGGAGCUCAGCUCUCAAAGACCGGCCCAGAUUCGGCCGCACCUACACCUGCGAUGACUGCGGCUUCGUCUUCAGCUGCGAGAAGCUGCUGAUUGAACACAUCCUGACCUGCACCAACCGGAAGGCUUUCCAUCCGCCCCGAGGGAACAUGGAGGGCGACAACGACUCCAGCAAGGCGGAGAGCUCAGCCUCUGAGAGCAUGGAGGAGCACCGGGUCGUCUGUAAAGGCGAGGAUGACCCCGACCUCCCCAUCAGGUCAGUGGCGGCCGGGACGGAUGGCGAGCCCAGGUCCACCAGGAGCAUCAAGACGGAGCCAGAAGAAAACGUGUUCCCUGAGAUUGAGAUGGUCCGAGUUGGCGACCAUGUUUCCAGGAACUGUAGCAAACGUAAAGAUGCGCAGAGGGAGAACAUGGAAUCAGACCGCGAGCCAGAACCGGGCGUGUCGGGUCUGGAGAGCAGCGGUGAGUCGGCAGAGGGUCACCCGUCGAGCAGCAACGACUCCGGAAUUCCCUCGAAGCUACGGAAGGUCAAAGACGAGCGGCAGGACAGCGACUGCGCCCCCUGCGAGCUGUGCGGCGCCCCGCUGACGGAGGAGGACCGCUCGGCCCACUACCUGUCCAACCACAUGGGCCACAUCUGCGCCUGCGGCAGGUGUGGCCAGGUGCUGAUCAAAGGCCGGCAGCUGCAGGAGCACGCCGAGCGCUGCGGCGAAUCGCACGGCGGCGAGUCGGACUCCCACGGCGAGGACGAGUCCUCGCUGCUGGGGGAGCCUCAGGGGAUGGAGGAGGCGGACCUGGCGUGCCCCCACUGUGGCCUGCUUUUCCAGAAUGAGAGCCUGGCGCUGGAUCACGCUCUGUCCUGCCACGACCAGGAGCUGUUCCGGCCCGUAAUCCUGGAGGAGGGAUCCGAACCGGAUCACCGCCGGAAACACUUCUGCAGCAUCUGUGGCAAAGGCUUCUACCAGCGCUGCCACCUGCGGGAGCACUACACCGUCCACACCAAGGAGAAGCAGUUCACCUGCCAGACCUGCGGGAAGCAGUUCCUCCGGGAACGCCAGCUCCGCCUGCACACCGACAUGCACAAAGGAAUGGCGCGCUACGUGUGUCCCGUCUGCGACCAGGGAACCUUCCUCAAACAUGACCACGUGCGACACAUGAUCUCGCACCUGUCGGCCGGUGAAACCAUCUGCCAGGUGUGUUUCCAGAUCUUCCCCGGCGGCGAGCAGCUGGAGAAGCACAUGGACGUCCACCUGUACAUCUGCGGCGUCUGCGGGGAAAAAUUCCGGCUCCGGAAAGACAUGAGGAGCCACUACAACUCCAGACACACCAAGAGACUAUAGAACGUUACAGAGAAGCCAUAAAUGUGAGAACAAAUCGUGCACUUGAACACCAAAAUGACUUUUUAUCUGCACUUUUAGAUGUUUGUGUGACCGCAGCAGGUGGCUGGUGAUUGGCUGCUUGGAUACUGGUGGGCGGAGCCUUACAUUUCCUGCUCUGUUUGUAGAGAAUUUCCUUCCUGUUUGUCAGACUGACUUCACUCCACAUGAAAUAUGAGAUUUACAUUUCAGGAACUUUAACGGGUUCUAGAAAAAUUCUCCAGCCGCUUCAGAACCAGAGAAGCUGUUAUCAGAACCUCAGUGACAUUUUUACCAAAGUUAAGUUUGCUAAUGGACUCAUCAGGUGGAUCUGGACCAGUUCCUGACUCCACCCGGAUCUCUUGUAGUUAGAGUGGUGCUGAACUUCAGAGUCAUGUGUGACGGGUCAACUUCCUGUUUCAGAGCCAGGACUUGGGGGCCGCUAUCCUGCAGGUUUUUGUUGUUUUCCGGCUCCAACACACCUGAUUCAAAUCAAAUAAAUCCAACAGCUUUUUGUCAAUUUCUUCACAUCAACCCAGUAAUUUCAGUCAGGUGUGUUGGAGCAGGGAAACAACAACCUGCAGGAGAGCAGCCCUGGAGGACUAGAUUUUGACACCUGUGUUCUAGACGGUCCAAAUCCUGCUCAAUGGCCCGGUUCCUCAUGUCCCGCUUCACGUUUGGUGCCUUUACUGUCACACUGUCUGCCGGGAUGCAUGAUGGGAGGACGGGCAGGCACAGGUACCAGGCCCACCCCAUCAAACUAGACCUGAAAAACCCCAACAAAACACUAGAAUCAGAACCGAGCCACUGGACUCCACUGUCAGGCCUCAUGAGCCCUCUUGUCCAUGCACUUCUGCCAAAUCAGAACCAGUUCUGGUCCAUUUCAGCAGCUCAGAACCAACUGCAUUAUUAGAAACAUCCAAAACCAAACUUUUAUAAUCCAGAUCCAGAAUGACUCGUACACCACCUUAGAACACUUUGGAACCAGAACCAAACCAACAGUGAGCGGUUUCCAGCUGGACUAGCCGAACAUUUCAGUCCAAACCAGUUUAACUAGAUCUCACAAAACCGUUCUUAAACUGUUCCAGAACGGUCCUGGUCCGUCAUGGCUUAAAUUCCAGUUCUGGUUCAGAGUCUGUUUCUGAUCCUCAUCCUGUUGUCGGCCCAGAUCUUGUCUCAGGUUCUGGUUCAGGGAGCAGACUGUCAGCCAUGUUUAAAAUCCAGAACCAGCAUGGCGUUUAGUCGGUCUGAUCCAGGCCAGACCUGAUUAUGUGGGUCUGUGGUGGGAAAAUGGUGCUUAGAAGGUUCUAAAGUUGAACUAGCUCUGAACUGGAUCCAGAACUGGCUCUGAACUGGAUCCAGAUCCAAGCAGGUAAAGGGGUGUAAAGGCCCGGUAGAAGCAGCAGGAGGCCAGAGGUCGCUUCAACAGUUCUGCUGGGACAAUCACUUCAACUGGAUCAGAACCGCGAGGCGAACCGUCAAACUAAAGCAGAUUUUCUGCUGCAGGAACCUUUAAACACUAGUCUUGCUCCAGCAGUUCUUCAGGUUCCUGCAGCAGGAACUGUACAGGUUCUGGAUCCAGCGGGACGGAACCAUGAGAACGUUCCUCUAAUAAACGGCUGGGUGUGAGUUCAGGUUGUUGAUGUUCUGCUGUGUGAAUACGGGCCUUUUCAAGCUCCAAAUAAACCAAGUGAACUUC